CAAGUUUUAAUUCUAAUUAAUCUCUUGGGCGCGUUGGUUUCCAAAUGUCAUUUGUUGAGCGGGGUAAGGUACAGUUCAAAAAGUCUGAGCAAAAAAUGAGGCCUUUGUAUAACUUUGGAGAUACAUUGAGCAUAUAAAGAAUAUCACCACUAUGUAGUUGUAGCUGAUGACUACAUUAGAUUUAAUAUUGGGUUACUGGGAGAUGGCUGAUUCUUACUACAUAUUCAAUAAUGGGUUACCCAGAGACAAAAUAUAUAAACUUUUCACGGAUGUGUGUAUGGAUGACGUAUUAACGAUUGCAAACGUAGCAUCAUUCAAGUUCAACGGGUGCUUAUACUGAAUUCUAUUCAUGAAAGAUUAGCAAGUGAGAGCCUACAUACUGAAGUCGGAUUACAUAUGAUGGACAUAAACCACUACUUCAGUUUUCCUCGGACUUUUUCAACUGUGUAUCACAGCUAUCAUUUCUCUUUUAACAGCUUUGCUCCAAAUUAAAUAGGCCAAUCAUAUUUGUCUCUGGCUCCCAGCCUCAUUCAUUUCAAUUCAAGUUACGCGAACACAGCACUGUCAAA